UUCGACAACGAACGAACGCGCGCGCGAGGUGUGGGACAUAAUGGAGGUUAGGUAGGGAAGCGCUCCACGGCUCGGUGCAGAGUAGCUCAUCAACUGUUGAUCUGUUCCCAGUUGUUGCCUCUGACUCGACAGCUGCUCGCCGCCGCAGCUCUCCCGGAGCCGCACGACGCCCCGAACGACGCUGCAAAAUGCCGAAUAUUAAGAUUUUUAGCGGCAGCUCUCAUCCGGAUCUGUCUCAGAAAAUAGCAGACCGCCUCGGUCUCGAACUGGGGAAGGUUGUUACCAAGAAAUUUAGCAACCAAGAAACAUGCGUGGAGAUCGGGGAGAGCGUGCGUGGCGAGGACGUCUACAUCGUGCAGAGCGGCUGCGGCGAGAUCAAUGACAAUUUGAUGGAGCUGCUGAUCAUGAUCAACGCCUGCAAGAUUGCCUCCGCCUCCAGGGUCACAGCUGUCAUCCCCUGCUUCCCGUAUGCCCGGCAGGACAAGAAGGACAAGGUGGGGAGCCGCGCUCCUAUCUCUGCCAAGCUGGUGGCCAACAUGUUGUCUGUUUCGGGCGCAGACCACAUCAUCACCAUGGACUUGCAUGCCUCGCAGAUACAGGGAUUCUUUGAUAUCCCUGUGGAUAACUUGUAUGCAGAGCCAGCUGUCCUGAAAUGGAUCAAGGAGAAUAUCCCCGAGUGGAAAAACUGUAUCAUUGUGUCGCCUGAUGCAGGAGGAGCCAAGAGGGUCACCUCCAUUGCCGACAGGCUGAAUGUGGACUUUGCUCUAAUUCACAAGGAGAGGAAAAAGGCAAAUGAGGUGGACCGCAUGGUUCUCGUCGGGGAUGUGAGGGAUCGAGUUGCAAUUCUAGUGGACGACAUGGCUGACACGUGUGGGACAAUCUGCCAUGCUGCCGACAAACUCAUCUCUGCGGGUGCCACAAAGGUUUAUGCCAUCCUGACCCACGGCAUCUUCUCCGGUCCAGCCAUUUCACGCAUCAACAACGCCUGCUUUGAAGCCGUCGUCGUCACCAACACAAUCCCUCAGGAGGAGAAGAUGAAGCAUUGCUCCAAAAUACAGGUGAUAGACAUCUCGAUGAUCCUCGCAGAGGCCAUCCGCAGAACUCACAACGGCGAAUCCGUGUCUUACCUUUUCAGCCACGUCCCCCUGUAGCAGCGCCGUCAUCUGGGCUCAGUCGAUACCAAAAAAGACGAGAGGGAAUGCUCCCCCCCACCCCCAACACUACCAUUAACAAAGCUGUCCUGCUAAUUAACCGCGUCCCAAACAACCAAUGAAUGAAUCGGCUGUCGUGUCCCUUACUAACGCAGCCCCACCCCCACCCGCCUCUCUCGAGUCCCUCCGCCCUUUAAAACUGGCGUCCCUUCAUGGUUGGGGAGCCGAAGCAAGCGCAGGCUACCAGCUUCAGCCAGGCUUAUUUAUGUGUAUGGAUAAACCAUGUAUUUAUCCACUGUGAACGUUGUGUUACUUUCAGUACAUCUAAAACUCCCCGUUUUCCUCCUGAUCGUCUUGUCACGUUGUCGUCGAAGAGCUUCUAUAAAUAUCCCCGGCAGGUUCCAGUGCUCAGGAGAAGCGUCCGUUAUAUAAAGCUGUCACUCUGCUUUCUGUUACAUUGAAUGACCGUAGUUUCUUCUGUUGCUCGAAAGGAUAACGUUACUCCAUUGAAUGUGUACUCAGCUAGUUUACAGUGCCACUGAAGCUCCACUCAACCAAGAGUGCCUCAAAAGUCUGAAAUGAAAUGACAUUCUCCUCUACUCUUCUACUACUCCCCCCCUUUUUUUUCCCCCUCGGGUUUUGAUUUUAGUUUUUCCUCACUGGAUGAAGAGCUUUCAAGCGUCUUAGCAGGCUGAAAUCGAUAUCUUUUGGGGGUUUUUUUUAGGCUGUUUCUUUCAACUGUUGAGGUGCCCUCAUUGAGUGGGGAACGGCCGGUGUCUCCAAAGUUUGCCAUGUUUUUAUUUUUUCCUCCAGAGUUUAAGAUGAAGACAAAGAAACAGUCAGGUUUUUUAGCUUGGGGUCUCUGCAGGCUGGAGCUUCAUUCACAAAUCAUCACCUGCGAUCCCUGUGUUUUUGUUUUGUUUGUUUUUUGUUCGUCAAAUAAUCUGUUGUUCAUGUGCAUAACUCAAACCUUUGUGUUCUUUUACAGUAGAGUGAAUGCACCGAGUAUUUGAGGAUGCGUUCUCAAUAAAUUUGAAUAUGCCAAUAUGAAA